CAAGCUCUGCUCGGGCUUCCCAGCAAGUGGGGCAAUGUGUGCCUCCCCCUAAUCCUGAUCACAGCACUGCUGGGGAGUGAGGCGCAGGUGAACAGCCAGCCACACACAGGCACACAGCUCUGUUCCUGACUGCAGGGCUUUUGCUCUUAGGCACCACCAGCAACAAAUGGCCCGUGGUCUCCUGCAGAGAGAAAUGUUCGGCUCCUGCCUCCCCCGGAAAACACUGUUUGUUCUAAGUUUAGCAGUUCUUCUUGCAGAUUUUACUGAAAUCAGGGCUUUUGCGGAUCGUAGCGAAUGCAAAAGUGCAACCAUAGAUGAUGUGAAUGGGAGUCUCAAGAAAUAUUCAGAAUGCUUGCCUGAAAUGAUUGCCAAGGGUGAAAAAGCUUCAAUCAAUUUCCUGGCAUGGAAACUGCAAGAAACACUUGAUCUGCUGCGCCCUGUUCAGCAGCAAUUCUGCAAGCAGCUGCCUCCAUGCCCACGCCCAGUGGCCCCAAAAAACGGGGGGCUGGUGUGUGUGACCAUUGACAACACUCAGUACUGCAAACCCAUGUGCAACAAGGGUUAUGACUUCCAGUUCCUCAGGAGCAGCAGGCUGUAUGAAGAGUGUGGCAAUGCCACGGGGUUUUCCUGGACCACGCAGCUUGUUGGGGAAAAGGCACUGGCUGUCUGCACCCCCUCUGAGGUGGCGAUCAGUGGGGCUAAAUCUGCCUAUUUCCCCAGCAACAGCACCUGUGUGCACACGCUGGCCUUCCCUGAGGCUCAGGCAGAGCAGCUGAGCAUCUUCCUGCAGGAGAUUGCCAAGCGAGGCAUCGAGGGCUCCAGCCGGGACCGGGGGGCUGACUGUAUCAUCUGUGGCUACUAGCAGCAGCAGCCUGAGCACAGCCCAGCCUCUGGCUGCUCUCGGGCAGCAGAAGCAGAGCAGUGAAACCACGGCUAGCACGUGUAAACACACAGCUUUUAUUUAGUUAAAGGUCUGGAGAUCAUAGUCAUGACCUCAGCCUUGGGGUACGGAUAUAUAGGCUAAAUCUAAUCCUGCAGCUCAUGGCAAGAGUUUCAAAGAAAGAAGACCACUUUUAUGGCUUUAAUUUGUCUAGCUGGAGUUAAAUAACAACUACAGAAUUUUAAUGAAUGCCUUUCUAUUGGCUUAACUUCUUCAGGAUCUCUGCAGAUAGUGACAACACUGAUUGUUGUCAGAAAUUGUCGUGUCAGGGGUCCUCUUUACUGAGAAAGGGCCGUACUUCUACUCACUUUUACAGCUGCCAGUUAAUCACUAAUAUUGCUCUGAUGACCAUUACAGCUGUGUAAGUGACAAGAGUUCCUGGCUGUAGGGGUACAGUACUUUAUUCACUUGCUUGCUUGACUGGGGCUUAGAACAGCAGCAGAAAACCUGUCCAUUGUCCACCUGGCACUAAGUGAAAGUGAAGAUCAAAGGCAACUUAGCACUGGUGAUCCAGCUGAUUUGUGGAGCUGUAGCUACCAAACAAUGUGCAUGUGAACUAUUGUGAAAUAUAAACAAGAAAUUUAGUUACUGCUUGCUUGGUUUUCAGUGGAAUCUGUGCUUGAGGUAAUAUUUGAAUUUUCUUCUGUUGAGCAAAUAGUGAAGCUGUAGAUCUGAAGAUGGAUUCAUCUGUUUGUGUUUCCUUUCCCUUUUUUACCUUUUCCCUAUUUCUGUUGAUCUCUCAGACACAGCAUAGUUUUGUGGUACAUGAUGUAAAAUUGACCUUUACCUCAUUAAUCAGAUAAAUGAUUCAAAUAUAUAUAUUUACAUACUUAUAUUUCUGGCUCAGAAUCGAGUCAUUACAAGCAAAAAAACCCCAUAAAUAACCCCAGCUGCUUUAGGGCCCACAAGCAGACAGUCAUAUGACAAUGAGUGGAGCAGAUAAUUAUACCAGAAAAGGAAUGAGUUGGCUGCUUUGGCUGUUUAUAAACCAUGUGGCAAUAAAUUAAGUCAUUGUGUUGGAGACAAAAGUGCUGUAGUCUUAAAGAAAAACAAUGAGUUUUGAAUUA